UAAUAAUACGUGGGGUUUAUGGGCGGCGGCUGCGACGGAGCGACAUGCGCUCGCUGAUGGCGGCCUCGCGCGGUCCGCAGCGGGCGCUGGCCAUCACGCUGGUGCUGGCGCUGGUCGCCUUUGGACUCCACUACUGGCGUUUACGCUCUGCCAGCGUCGACCUGGCGGUGGAGCUGGAUCGGCUGGAGGGCCUAUUGCAGAGGGCCGAAGAUAAGUCCUCAAAGAUUGACCAUCAAAGGCGUGAGGCCAGCGAAAAUCUCAAGAAGGCCAAUGCCGAGCUACAGCAGGUCCAGAUGGAUCAAGAAGAAGACAACAUCCGAUGCAAGCAGCUGAAGGAGAAUCUAGCAGAAGCAGAGGAGAGUAAAUCGGCUCUGAUGAAGCAGUUGGAGGAUGACAAGGAUGACCAGGACCGACAGAUGCGGGACGCGGCCACCAAGCUGCAGGCGCUGAAGGCCGAGCUGACGCAGCUGAAGGAGCGCGAGGAGCGCGGCCGGCUGCAGCUGGACGGCCGCCAGGCGGAGCUGACCCGGACGCGCGCCGAGCUGGAGAGCGCGCGCCAGCAGCUGGCGCAGGCGGGCCAGGCGUCGCCGCCGGCCGCCGGCGAGCGGGACUGCCAGGCGCGGUUGGCGCAGGCGCAGGCGGAGCUGGGUCGGUGUCAGGCCGGGACGACCCGCUCGACACGGCCAGCGGAGGGCGACCGGCGGCGUUGGCCCGGCCUGGUGGCGCCGCGCGGCCAGCUCGACCAGGCACGUCUCGACAGCGACUUCCAGCCGGCGGCGGCACCGUGA